AUGGAGAGAAUCAUCGCCGCCAUCUUUCUUCUCCUCUUCUCGUGCCAAGCAGCAGCCGCCGCCGGAGCAGCUCGCGUCCGGCGGCCGCCGACGCUGGCGAGGCACUACGUUUCAUCAUGGACGCGCCGCCACCGCCAUCACGUGACGGCGGCGGGUGACGACGGCGGCGUGUCCCUGCCGCCGACGGUGCAGUACGAGACGCGGCGGUACACGCAGCGGCUGGACCACUUCAACUCCUUACCGGCGAGCUACGCGACGUUCCAGCAGCGGUACCUGAUCAACGACACGUUCUGGGGCGGCCCGACGGCGCCCAUCUUCCUGUACGCCGGCAACGAGGCCGACAUCGACCUGUUCACCAACAACACCGGGUUCAUGUGGGAGGCGGCGCCGCGGUUCCGCGCCAUGCUCGUCUUCGUGGAGCACCGCUACUACGGUGAGUCGCUGCCGUUCGGGGGCACCCGGGAGGCCGCGUUCCGGGACGCCGCCACCAAGGGCUACCUCACCGUCACGCAGGCGCUCGCCGACUACGCCUCGUUCGUGCUCAGCCUCAAGGCCAACCUCAGCGCGCCCACGGCGCCCGUCCUCGUCUUCGGCGGAUCCUACGGCGGCAUGCUGGCGGCGUGGAUGCGCCUCAAGUACCCGCAUGUUGUCAUGGGCGCCGUCGCGUCGUCCGCGCCAAUCCUCAGCUUCUAUGGCAUCGUGGAUCCCUACGCGUUCUACGACCGCAUCACCGACGACUUCAAGAGCGAGAGCAAGAACUGCUACGACGUGCUUCGGAAGUCGUGGGACGUUCUCUACAAUGCGCUCGCAACCAAGGAAGGCCAGGCGCUGCUGAGACGUACAUUCAACAUGUGCAAGGGCAGCAGCGUGCAGGACAUCCCGUCUCUGCUGGACAACGCGGUGGCCGAAGCGGCCAUGACGGACUACCCGACGGCGUCGGGGUUCCUGACGGCGCUGCCGGCGUACCCUGUCCGCUCGAUGUGCCGCGCCAUCGACGACCGCCAGGCGGCGGCGGCGGCGUCGAGCUCCGGCUCCGGCGACGGAAACGACGGCAACAGCACCACCGCCCUGCUGCUGCUGUCCCAGCAGGUCCGGGACGCCAUGAACGUCUACUACAACCACACGGGCGGGGCGUCGUGCUUCGGCGCGGCGGAGGACGACGACCCCUACGGCUUCUACGACGGAUGGAACUGGCAGUCGUGCACGGAGGUGAUGGUGAUGGCGUACGGCGUCCGCGACGGCAGCGUGCUGCCGCCGUCGCCCUUCAACUUCACCGACUUCGUCGACGACUGCCGCAAAGACACCGGCCUGCCGCCGCGCCCGUUCUGGAUCGAGACCGAGUUCGGCGGAUACGAUAUUGCGAAUGUCAUGAAGAAAUCUGCUAGCAACAUCAUCUUCUUCAACGGGCUGCGCGAUCCGUGGAGCACUGGAGGCGUGCUGAAGAGCGUCUCUGACAGCAUCAUUGCCCUGGUGGAGCCCAAAGGGGCACACCACGUGGAUUUGAGAUUCUCGAGCAAGGAUGACCCAGAGUGGCUGAAGCAGGUGCGGGUGAAGGAGACGAGGAUCAUAGCGCGCUGGCUCAAGCAAUACUACAGUGACGAGGGCAUUGCAACCUGA